GUUGGUAAUGCUGUUCCUCCCGUCAAGGCAACAAAAAGUGACAGAUCCUCCUUUUCGACCAUUGUUUCACCUGAAAAAAUGUUAUUUUUGCACUUUUUGCUUCACCAGAUGGUCAAAAUCGGUUAAUUUGUGAUCAGUGAUAGUGUGUGUGUGGCGUUUAGUGCGUCCGGUUGUGAAAACGUGUCCAAAUUGUCCAUCUGUUUAUUUACCCAACGCAACGACCUUGUCCAAAAAAAAAAUAAACGAACGUUCGGAAUUUGCAUUUUUCAGUGUCAUAAAUCAUCCCAGUUCCCGAUCCCAAAUGUGAAUUCGCACCCGUGUGAGUCAAACCCAUUAUUAUGGUUAGACUCGGGCCGACUCCACUGCUAUGGCUGAGGAUAGCGGAAAGCCGCCCCAAAAACCGUACGACUACCUUCUCAAGUUCCUGUUAGUGGGCGACAGCGAUGUCGGGAAGCAGGAGAUCCUGUCCGAGUUGGACGACGGCGCCGCCGAGUCGCCCUUUUGCAGCGGCAGCGCCUACAAGACGACGACGAUCCUACUCGACGGCAAACGCGUCCGAUUGCAACUGUGGGACACGUCAGGCCAAGGCCGGUUUUGCACGAUAAUCCGGUCGUAUUCGCGAGGGGCACAGGGUGUUUUACUAGUGUAUGAUAUAACAAACCGGUGGUCUUUCGAUGGGUUGGACCGGUGGUUGAAGGAAGUCGACGAACACGCCCCAGGCGUGCCGAAGGUUUUAGUAGGGAAUAGGCUGCAUUUUGCCUUUAAAAGGAAAGUGGGAGAGAGGGAUGCACAGAUGUAUGCCAAUAGGCACAGUAUGGCGUUUUUUGAAGUCUCGCCCUUGUGCAAUUUCAACAUUCAUGAGAGCUUUUGCGAGCUGUCAAGGAUGGCCCUGCAGAGGAACGGCAUGGAAAGACUGUGGCGCUCUAAUAAAGUGUUGAGCCUCCAGGAGCUGUGUUGCCGGGCCAUCGUCGCCCGCACAACCGUCUACAGCAUCGAGCAGCUCCCUCUACCGACUUGCGUAAAAUCCUACCUUAAAUCGUACGCCCUUACGACCACUUCGACCCAACUCAAAUACACGCACAGUCAAAGAAAAAGCAACGGACGUAAACUGCGUUUCAUAAGUACGCCAACAUCACCAGGGGGCGAUACGAGAACGAGUUGUGUACCGAGAAAUUCAUGUACUAUAUCUUGAUAUAUGUUGUACGUGUGUUUUCGUUUUGUGAUAUUGUACAAAAUUUAUCGGUUGUAUCGACAUAUCAAGGAAAUUAUGUAAUUUUUCUAUUAGUUAAGGCAGUUUUUUGCGUAACCGUCCUAGUUCGGGUAAUCAGUGUAAAUAAUUGUCAUUAAGGAUUUGUAACUGUCAUUUUUUAGCGGAUAAGUCAGCACCUUGAGUUGGACGUUGUAUAUAAUAUUUUUUGUGUUACCUUUUUUUUGUAUAUAAUUUACUUAACCUGUAUUUUUUUACUUUAUUUAUAUUACUUUUUACUAACAGUUUUAUGUUACGUAAAUAGUGUUUCACCUAUUUUUAUUUAAUGAAAUGUAUUUUAAUAUUGAUUAUAGCUGGUACUGAAUAAUUUGUAAA